AUGUUUUAUUCACCAAAGAAAUUAGAAGUCGUCAUGGAGAAAUUCUAUGGAGGUAAUUCGGUUACAUCUCCCAGUCUGAGCAAGAUUAUCAACGAGAGGCACUUCGACAGGCUUUUGGGUUUAAUAAAACACGAUAAUAUAGCGGUUGGGGGUCAAUAUGAUAAAACUAAGCGUAUUAUGACCCCCACUAUCUUAAGAGAUUGCAAACCCAACGAUCCAGUAAUGCAAGAUGAAAUAUUCGGCCAAUACUACCGAUAUGUACGGUUAAAAAUGUAG